GUUGAGGAUGGGCAAGUGCAGCUGGACGAGCUUCGUUCGCGCGGUCAAGCAGGUGAUCACGUUCAUAUUCAGCCACGUGGGUCUGUGUGCGUUCGUAGCCGGCUAUUCGGUUGCUGGUGCGUUCCUGUUCAGGCAACUCGAGCAGGACAAGGUCGAAGAUUACUACGAUUCGGUCGUCAAUAGGAACGAAUGCUUCAGCAAACUCUAUAACAUUACGGAGGAGGUGGGCUUCCAGCUCAACGGCAGCCACUGGAGGGACCUGCUCACCUCGGAGGCGUGGCAAGAGCGGGUCCUGCAGCAGCUGGAGGCGUUCGAGGAGGACCUGGUCGAGUCGGUGAGGAACCAGACGUACGACCAGGGGCCCGAAGAGCAGAGGAAGAGGUGGAGCGUCAUCGGGUCGUUAUUCUACUGCGUCACCGUUAUUACAACUAUAGGCUACGGCCACGUGUCGCCGCGCACGAACACGGGCAAAAUGGUGACCAUCGUGUACGCCCUCUUCGGGAUUCCGCUCAUGCUGCUCUGCCUCACCAACAUCGGCAACUCCAUGGCCACGUCGUUCAGGGCCUCGCCCGAGGGGCCCCUUCCGCCCUCGGGUUUCAAAAACCCCCGGAUGUGCUGCUGGUGCUGCCGCAAGAAGAGGGGCGAGGAGAGUGCGGAGUCGUCUUCCAUGCUGCAGAAUCCUAGCGGCACGGCGGGACCAGCCGCCCCGGCCCCCUACACCCCGCCCCCCAGGUAUAAGCCCAACCGCCGCAACAUGCUCAUCUCGCCGCCCAUCUCGGCCACCAUCCACCGCGGCUCCGACAACCCCCUGAAGGCGCCGUCGCUGGACUCGCCGAGCCCCUCGCCAGGCCCUCCCGCGACGCGCGCUCUGCCGUUCCCUUCGCAGAACCACGUCCUCCUCCCGGACAUGGAGGCGAAUCGCAUCGUGGCCGAGUGCGCGGCCUACACCAGGACCCACAUCCCCGGCUUCGUGGUGUCGCUCGACCCGGCGGCGAGCGACUGCCACGACUACGACAUGGUGACCGUCUCGACCCGCCUGUCCCCCAGCGUGUCCACUCGCCCUUCGCCCACGGCCUCCUCGCGGCCCACGCCCGAGCCCUCGUCUCCGCGGGCGCGAGAGACCCCGGCAGAGUGGGCGCUGGCGCGGGAGAACGGCGGCCCGCACAUCGUCAUCGAAUCAGAGAUGGAGCAGCCUUCCUCCAACCACUCGACGCGGCCCGGCUCGCCGGCGUUCACUACCUCCACGCACCACGCCUCCAGCACGUCGCUCACGAGCAUUGCAAGUCGGCCGUGCAACAAGCGGACCUCGAGCCCGUUCCUGGGCGCCACGCUGUCUGGCGGGAUGGAGCUCGACGGGCCUCCUCCCCCGCGCCUCGUGGAUCGGCCGCCGCGGUCCCCGGGAAAGACUCUCGUGGUCUACAACACGCUCUCCGGGGACGCCCUUCUCGAGCAGAGCAAGAUCGUGCGCAAGAUGGCGCUCAUGAACAAAGGAGGCUUCGGGCAAGUGCGCACCGACGCCACGACCGUCUUCACGGAUCCCAUCUCGGGCCAGGCCGUCGACGGCGACAUGCUGGGGCUGAACUACCGCCCCAUUCCGCCCGACACGUCGGAUGCGGAAAAUCGCGUGCCCAUCCCCAUCGUGCUGGGCUUCGUCGCCUCGUACCUGGGCAUCGGGUCCCUGCUGUUCGUAUGGCUGGAGGGAUGGUCCAUGCUGGACGCCUGCUACUUCUGCUUCAUCACCCUCUCCACCAUCGGCUUCGGCGACUUCGUUCCGGGCAAGUCGCUGGGCUACGAGACGCAGGAAGCGCAGAUCAAGCUGGUCACCGGGUCCAUCUACCUGGUGCUUGGCCUUGCCGUCCUAGCCAUGUCUUUCAACUUAGUGCAGGAAGAGGUGGUCCUAAAAUGCAAAGCGUUUGCUAACUGGAUAGGCCUUCUCAAAGACUGAGGUCUCACUAUAAUGAUAGUUUUGUUACUAGUCUCCGAAGAUAACUCAGAUGGUAGUGACCACUUUAGCAAAACAUUGAAACACAAAUGUCAAAUAGAUUUCUUACCCCGUCUUGUUAUAUAUGUAUAUGAACAUGAUUUAUAAAUAAAUGGGAACGAGUAUCUCACAUAGAGCGAAACACACACACACACACACACACACACACACACACACACACACACACACACACACACACACACACACACACACACACACACACACACACACACACACACACACACACACGCACGCACACACACAUAUGUAUAUGUAUAUUACUUAUUUAUUUACAGGAUAUGGAUUAAGAUGAGUAAAUACAGACAUAGAUAUAGGAAUUAUCAUCACAUGACUACCUUAGCUAAAUUCGUUCCUGAAGUCCUUGACACAUAAGAACCAAUACAAGAUCGUGCACUGGUACAGUCUGUGUACCUAAUUUAGAAAAUAAUAAUGUCUCUAGGUGAUAAAAUGGCAAAUCUUAGAUUGACAUUUCCACCCUGCAGAUUCAGCAGAGAGUGACUUCUGCGUCACAAGAUAAUAACUAGAUAAACAAAAUACAAGAAACACCACAUCAACAUCCAUUGUUAACACACCACAUUUUAGGAUGUUCACUCUGGACAUAACCAAUAUAUAUACUGUGUAUACAGAAGAAACAGAUGUUUAAUGUGCAAGGAAAAUGGCUGUGAUAAUUCUUUUCUCAGCUCUGCAAUAUGCUUUUUCUGGUUAUCUGUAUUGUGUGUUUAUUUGCUUGGCUUUUCGUGAGCUGGUGAGUGUUUAUAACAAUAUAAAAGUGAGUUUUGAUAAUGAGAUCUGCUUUCUGGUUGGAGACUUAUAAUAAACCCAGUUAAGUUCAUAGAUUUAAUAUUAAAAGCUCUAAGUCUGUUGUACAGUAAGAUUUUACUCAUACACUAUGGCUGCAAAUCACAAAAUACAAUCAUUUUAUGUAUUGCACUGUAGAGUAAUUAGACUUGCAGAAAACCUACAAUAAAAUCUUGAAUCCGGCUCUUUAUUCAAUUAUUGUCUUGAGAUUAAAAAAAAAAAUCUUUAUAUCAGGGAAACUAUUCCAAUACAACACACAUUUGUAAUAAUAUAGGGAACUUACAGUCAUAUGAACAUUUUAUAAUUCCAUUCUCGAUUGUAGUUCAGAUUCCAGAUAUAGAAUUUUCCACAUAUUGUGAUAAUGAACCUCGGGAACAAAAGGGUACUUUUUGGGAUGGCAUUGUAAGUGGUAAAAAAACAAUUCCCUCUAUACUAAAAUAAUAUGUAAUAUGCACAUGAAACAAUAUACUGUAAAAAGUGUGAUUGUUUUUAGGGAGCGUGAAAUGAUUUUUGUACAUAUUCGUUACACAAUAUUCCCCUGAUGUAUAUACUGGGUAGUGUUAUAAAACUAUUAUAGGUGAACAAUGUUAAUAAACAGUUCCUGUUUCCAUCUAUGAAUUCUGUUUCAAAAAAUGAAUGCACAAAAGUAAAAAGAAAGACAGAAGACAAUAAUAAAAAAAUCAGUGAAAA